AUGGUGCACCUGACUGAUGCUGAAAAGGGUCUUGUCACUGGCCUGUGGGCAAAGGUGAACGCUGAUGCAGUCGGCGCCGAGGCCCUGGGCAGGAUGAUGGUUGUCUACCCUUGGACCCAGAGGUUCUUUGGACACUUUGGAGACCUAUCCUCUGCCAGUGCUAUCAUGAAUAACGCCCAGGUGAAGGCCCAUGGCAAGAAGGUGAUCCAUGCCUUCGCAGAUGGCCUGAAACACCUGGACAACCUGAAGGGCACCUUUUCCAGCCUGAGUGAGCUCCACUGUGACAAGCUGCAUGUGGAUCCUGAGAACUUCAGGGUGAGUCUGAUGGGUCUGCCGGUGGCUUCCAUCCCCU